GAAUCCUGGAGUGACCAGACAGAUAUAACUGGGCAUGCUCAGUAGGUUGCCGUGAUUUGGAACACAUGUCUUGAAUGAAGUCUUUUAAUGCUGUUUUUUCAGGAUUGGCUGCAUCUUGGUCCUAGCAUUAGGUUGGAAGAUUGCAGCCCCUCCCGUCCUCUUGGCGCUCACACUUUUUCUUUUUUAUCCCUGUGCCCAGUUUUGGAGCCAGCCCUGCAGGAUCUCCUGGCCAAUCAAGAGACUACACAUUGUUGCCUAAGAGACCCCGGAUGCCAGCGAAAAGAUUUAUAGAUGGUGAUUGGACUGCUGAAAGGGGUGGGGGCUAGACGGAGUCAAAGAAACAGCAGCUAUGGCAACACCAGCGCUAGAGGCUUGAAGAGAAAGACAAGCUAAAAGAGAUAGUGCAUGAAGGAAGACAGGAAGAGGAGGCUGAAAAGGUGUAGUUUUUCUUAUGGAAGAAUAUCCAGUUAUUUCAUGAUGGCAUUUGCACCUCCAAAAAACAUAGAUGGUCCCAAAAUGCAGACAAAGAUGAGUACCUGGACACCCUUAAACCAUCAGCUCUUGAAUGACCAGAUAUUUGAAGAAAGAAGAGCUCUGCUUGGAAAAUGGUUUGACAAAUGGACAGACUCUCAAAGGAGAAGAAUCCUGACAGGCCUGUUAGAACGCUGUUCUCUUUCACAGCAAAAGUUCUGCUGUCGAAAGCUUCAGGAAAAAAUUCCAGCAGAAGCUCUGGAUUUUACUACCAAGCUUCCAAGGGUGUUAUCUUUAUAUAUCUUCUCUUUCCUGGACCCUCGAAGCCUUUGUCGUUGUGCACAGGUGAGCUGGCAUUGGAAGAACUUAACAGAACUGGAUCAGCUCUGGAUGCUCAAAUGUUUACGGUUUAACUGGUACAUCAAUUUCUCUCCAACCCCCUUUGAGCAGGGUAUAUGGAAGAAGCACUACAUUCAAAUGGUGAAAGAACUCCACGUUACCAAGCCCAAGACACCUCCAAAAGAUGGGUUUGUGAUCGCCAAUGUUCAACCAGUUACAAGCAGUUCUCCAGAGGAAAAGCCAUCUCCUUCCUCAGCUUUCCGGUCCUCUGCCUCUUUAAGAAAGAAGAACCACCCAGGGGAGAAAGAACUCCCACCCUGGCGAUCCUCUGACAAGCAUCCGACUGACAUCAUUCGCUUCAAUUACCUGGACAACUGUGACCCCAUUGAGCACAGCUGGCGAGGAAGAAGGAAAAGAUCUGAAAAAAACCCAGACUUCAACCGACAGUCACAUGACAAGAAAAAUAAAUUGCAGGACAGAGCUAAACUGAGAAAAGCACAGUCAUUGAUAUCCCUAAGAGCAGGACCCAGCUCCUCGAUACACAUUCCAGCUCAUCUUGCCUGGCCUCCUCAUCAGGUAGGGGGGCUUCCAGCCACCGAAGCAGCAACAAAAAUGCUCAUGCAGCAUAUCCAGAGACACUCUGGCUUCAAUCAUUACCCCAGGCCUUCCAGCCAAAGCUGAUUUCAGAAUGUGAAGGACAAGAUGGUCUACCUGAAGAGUUGGAUGUUCCUUGGCUCCUCUGUCAGAAACAAUUUAGGUACCUUAUUAUGAAAGCGCAUCCUACAGAAUUUCAGUAAAAGGUGUUCAUGGCACAAAUGUCAACGCAUUUACAAACUGAGAUAGAAAUGUGAUGACAGAUACCAUGGGGUUGAUAAAGGGACAUACGAAAGCACUGUUGCUGACACUGGGUGUGUGAAGCAGGGUCCCGGAGGACACAGUCAGCACCCCCCCAAGGCUACUCGAGUAGUUUAAUGGUGGGGCUGUUGUCCCUGGUGUCUUAGUUUGCUAGGGCUUGUCGUGGUCCCUGCGUGUGUGUCGGAAAAGAAUUUCCAGACUUGUAUCAGGGUGAAAAGAGUUUAUGGAACAUGGCAAGGUAGAGAGAAAGUAGUUUAUUGAGAUGAGAGACCCUGCAAGCACAGGAGGACAACUUCCUGACAAUCAGGGAGAGCCAACAAUGAGUGCGUGGUCGUGUCUUUUUGUAACCCAGGGAGAGAUGUCCUGUAAUAGACCCGCUGACCUGCUCAUUGAUUGGGGAAAGAGAGCUGUUAUGAUACAGUUGCUGGUUGGCUGGGGUGUGCAUAAGGCCCCACAGAGGCAGGGUUAAGAGUGCACAUACCUUUCCUUGUUGGGGGCAGGAAGGAAUAGGCCAAGUUGCUCAAAGUGGGGAAGAAGCAUUACAGUGAGACUGGUCGGGUGAUAGUAAUUAUUGUUUAGGCCAGAGGCUUUGAGUUCAAUCUCUUGAAGGGGCCUUUGAAACUCAACAGUGCUGCCAUAACGCAGUACCAGUGCCUUAGUAUGUUCAGGCUGCUGUAACAAAAAUACCAUUGAUGGGUGACUUAUGAACAGCAGGCAUUUAUUUUCUCACUGUUCUGGAGGCUGGGAUGCCCAAAAUCAAGGUAUGGGCUGGUUGGUUUCUCCUGAGGCCUCUCUCCUUGGCUGGUAGCUGACCUCCUUCUCCCUGCGUCAUGCUGUCAUGCAGUGAGAGCUGUAGCCCACGGGACAGGGCUGCAGGGGUGUGGAGACCAGAGCCUGGUGGGGAGGGAGGGAGAAGACCCACCCCUCUCCCUCCCCUCGCUCCACAUUCCAACAAUCCUUCCCUUUGGUCAACCCACCUGGAAGUCAGAGAAGCCUGGGAGGUGCAGCUCUGGGGGAUGCAGAGGGUAGAUGUCAGCCUUUAAGGCCAGGAGCAGGCUGACAGGUGUAGCCAGGAGUGGGCGGGGAGGAUAGGAUUUGAAUGGGACAGUGAAGGAUCACCUGCACAGUGGAGGAAACAGGCAAUUCCAAAGGAAGGAUUAUGAUGGCUAUUAAAACAACAUAAGUGGGCUUUAAAGAGGUAUUGGAAAACAGAAAAUGCUUCUUAGCUGCAAAAGUAUUAAUCAUACAUUCAAACUAAACCACCUACUCAUGUAACCAUUUCCAGGUCCCAGAAGUUACCAUUCUAGGAUACUUAUUUGCAUAAGUAGGGCAGAAUGAUAGAAAAACAAAUGUGUUUCUCCAUUAUGUCAUGUCGAACACUUAUGUUCUUUUUUUUUUGGCUGCGCCUGUGGCAUGCAGAACUUCUUGGGCCAGGGGUCCAACCUUAGCCACAGCAGGAACAACACUGGAUCCUUAACCCAUUGAGCCACCAGGGAACUCCCAGAGGUAUAUGUUGCAAUGGGCUAGUCUGGAGUUAAGUCUCCAGCCCCUUCUGGAAUAAACCAGGGUCACCUGCAACAAGGACAUAAUCAAGAGAAAGAAGAGCCCAUCCAGUAUGAGUGGCUUAUCUUGUCCUAAGCUGUCUUGAGUUAUCUAUUCCUGUAAAACAAACCAACCCCCAACUUAUUAGCUUACAGCAGUCUGUAAUUCUCCUCAAAAAUCUGCAGUUAGGGAGGGCUCUGGGGGAGAGCUUAUCUCUGAUCCACACAGCAUCUUCCCCCAACAAAGGGCUGGAAGAUCUUCCAAGUUGGGGCAUGGCUGGAGAGUUGGUCCUGGGUAUCCACUGAGCGCCUCCCCAGGGCUAAAGGCUGGGGGUGUCUGUUCCUCUUCACAUGUGCUGGAACAUUCUCACUGCCUGGGGGCUGAGUUCUAAGGACAAGUGUUCCCAGAGAGAGCCAGGUGGAAACAGAAUCACAUUUUUGUCCUAGUCUUGGAAGUCUCAUAUGUCACUCCCCCAUUGCCUGGUGAUCACAAAGCUUGUCCAACUUCAAGCAGAGGGGCUGUAGGCUGAGGAGAGUCACAAGGUUCUGAAGAACAUGUGGGAUGGGGAAUAUUUCUACAUCCAUUCUGGAAUAGAGUCUCUGCCUUAGGAUGGUUCCUGUGUGACCCUUGCCCGUCUUUGGUGAUAGUGUAGUCUUGUGAACUAGGUAUAUCCCCUGUAUUAAUCUGCUCAGGCUGCCAUAACAAAAUACCAUAGAUGGGCUGACUUAAACAGCAGAAAUUUAUUUUCUCACAGCUCUGUAGGCUGGAAGUCUGAGAUCCUGAUGUCAGCAGGGCUGGUGUCCUGUGAGAGGUCUCCUUUGGUUGCCUUUUCACUGGGUGCUCAUGUGAUCUCUCCUUGGUGCCUACGCAGAGGGAGAAUAAGAAGGGGAGAAAGAUUUCUCUCUGGUAUCCCUUCUUAUAAGGACACUAAUCCUAUCAGAUCAGGGCCCCACCCUUAUCAAGCCAUUUAACCUUAAUUUCUUCCUUAAAGGCCCCAUCUCCAAAUACAGACACUCUGGGGGCUAAGACUUUAACACAUGAAGAGUUCCCUGGUGGCCUAGUGGUUAAGGACUUUACACUGUAACCACUGUGGCUCAGGUCAAUGCUGUGGCUCGGGUUUAAUCCCUGGCCUGGGGAACUUCCACAUGGCUACAGGCAUGGCCAAAGAUUUAAAUUUUAGAAAAACUACAUUUUAACAUAUAAGUAAAAAAACAAAAUACAUUUUUUAAAAAAGAGUUUAGCAUAUGAAUUGGGGGGGGGACAGAAACGUUCAGUCCCUAACAUCCCCCAAAUUGAUGUGAAUUAGAUGACACUUGAUAAAUUUAUAUUGAUAUAAAUAUAAUUCAAGAAAACUUCACUGAACACCUACUAUAUGCCAAUCUCUCUUCUGGACUCUGGGAAUAUAGGUAGGAGAAGAAACUGUUCCUGCCUUUAAUGAGUUUAAAGGUGGGAGUGAGGAGUUGCCGUUGUGGCUCAGCUGGUUAAGAACCCGACUAGAAUCCAUGAGGACAUGGGUUUGAUUCCUGGCCUCGCUCAGUGGGUUAAGAAUCUGGCAUUGCCUGAGCUGUGGUGUAGGUCACAGAAACAGCACAGAUCUGGCGUUGCUGUGGCUAUGCCUGUGGCAUAGGCUGGCGGCUGCCUCUCCUAUUCGACCCCUAGCCUGGGCACUUGCAUAUGUCUCACAUGAGGCCCUAAAAAGCAAAAAAAAAAAAAAAAAAAAAAAAGGAAAAACUGGGAGGGAGCCAGAGUGGCCAUUACAAUACAGUGAUGGCUUCAGGGACAGCUUGCUGUGACAGCUCCUGGAAGGGACAAACACACCCUUCCACAUGUGCUGUGGAAGUGCCAUCCAAGCAGAAACUGAGGAGGAAGGGUAUUGAGUGGUAAACAGGGUGUGGGACUGACAAGGGGAAGCACUCAGGAUUGAGGAAGAAGAUCCGCAGAGGCCUGAGGUGAAACUAGGGUGACCACAGGAUCCUGGUUUGCCCAGGGCUGUCCUGGUUUUAGUACUAAAAGUCCCAUGUCCAGGAAAUGCCUUGGUCACUGGUCUUUAUCUGGAACCAUAAAUAGCCCAGCAGAGCUGGCCCUCAGAGGAGCUUGCGGCAGGGAUGGUGGGAGAAGAGCUGGAAAAGUAGGCAGGAGCCCAAACAGGAACCAAGCCACACUCAGGAGUGAAAACUUUCUCUUGGAGGCAGUUGAGCAAUCAGUAAGAGAUCUUAAGUAGGGAGCGACUUGCUGACACUUGCAUUUAGAAAGAGCUCUAUCUGCUGGAUAAUGAAGUGGGACAGUACCAAAGGCCAGUCAGGAAGCCACUGUGGUUUUCCAGGGAACAGAUGAUGGAGACUUAAAGUAAAAUAAUGGAGGAGAUAAGAGAACCAGAGCAUCCAGAAUAUCUUAAGGAAAAGUAACACACAAAAAUACAGAUGUGGGAGGUGAGAGCAAAGGAGAAAUCAAAGAUGACUCCCAGACUUCUGGCUUGGGCCACUGGAAAAAAGUCUCGGGAAGUAAUUAAGGUGGUUUGGAAAUACCAUUCCCAGGGCAUCCUCCACAAGAGUACUAACAAAGAAACCCUUCUUCUGCUUCCCACAUAACUCUUGUUGACCUAAAAUGUCAGUUACUAGGGAGUUCCCUGGUGGUCUAGUGCUUAGGAUUUGGCCGCUGGGGUCUGGGUUCGAUCACUGGUCGUGAAACUGAGAUCCUAGGGCAUGCUUCAACCAAAAAAAAAAUUAAAGAAAUAAAAUCAAUUAUUGUGGGGUGUUCCUGUUAUAGCUUAGCAGGUUUAGGACUCAGUGGUGUCUCUGUGAGAAUGUGGGUUCGAUCCCUGGCUUCACUCAAUGGGUUAAGGACCUGGAUUUUUUGCAAGCUGCAGCAUAGGUCACAGAUGUUGCUUGAAUCCAGUGGUGCCCUGGCUGUGUCAUGGGCCUCAGGUGCAACUCCAACUUGACCCCUGCCCUGGAACUUCCAUGUGCUGCAGGUGUGGCUGUAAAAAGAAAAAAGAGGACGUUCUCGUCGUGGCACAGAGGAAACGAAUCUGACUAGGAACCAUGAGGUUUUGGGUUCAAUCCCUAGCCUCGCUCAGUGGGUUAAGGAUCUGGUGUUGCCAUAAGCUGUGGUGUAGAUCACAGACGUGGCUCAGAUUUGGCGUUGCUGUGGCUCUGGCAUAGGCUGGCGGCUAUAGCUCCAAUUAGACCCCUAGCCUGGAAACUUCCAUGUGCCGAGGGUG